UUUUUUUGGAUUUUGCACAGAGCACAUCAAUGGCACAACGAUCACAAGUACCAGAGUUUGGCAACUGGGAAAGUGAAGAAAAUGUUCCUUAUACGGAAUAUUUUGAUAAAGCAAGAAAAGGUAAAGGUGGCAUGAGGAUGAAUCCAAAUGAUUCUCAGGACAAUACCCCUCUUGUUCGAGCACCUCCUUUUCAACAAGAGGCUGAAGUGAAGGGCGAAAUGGGAACAUCAGAUGUAAAGUCAAAGCUUGAGACUGAGCGCCGGACGAGCCGGAAAGACGGUGAGCUUCAAAAUUAUGGUGGCGUAGGAUCUGGAAGCAGUAAGGUAGAAUCAGACGCACAAAAGGGCUUAGAUGCAUUGAGACCAACAAAUGAAUGCCGGGAAGAGGGUGACCUCAAUAGAGCAGCAAAUUCUUCAUUGCGGCAUGAAACUGGUGAAAUGCUGUUAAUGGUGGUUGUUGUAGCCAUAGCCAUGAUCGUUAUGAUGAGCGGAGUUUUGCCAUGGAAUUUGUUAGAAACUACUGCAGCUGCAGCAGCAACAGCAACAAGAUCAAGAUCAAGAUCAAGAUCAAGAUCAAGAUCAAGAUCAAGAUCAAGAAGAAUAAUUUGCUGCAGUGGAGUGAAGGUAUGUGUAGAGGUCCGGCGGGCGGCCAAGACGAGGCUUCCGCCCGCCGGUGAAGCAAAAUUAUUAGAUUCUUAACCCCGCUCUGAUACCAUGUUAAAUUCAAUGUAUAAAGAGAGAAAUACAGAGAGAAUAAAUUGUAUGUAUUCAAUUGAUUGAUUUCAGUGAUUUACAACUCUCUCAUUUAUAGAGAGAGGAAAGGUGGUACACAUAGGAUACUAACUAACUAACAUCGAAAGCAGAAACAUUAUCAUUAGUGAGACAGCUGGACAGCUAGAUAUUGCACACUAAUAUUACAUUAUUGCUAUAUUAUACUAAUAACACUAACAUUUCCUUGAGUAACUUUUCAAAAUAACUCCUCCACUCAAGGUUCUGAAAAGCGGUUGCGGUUGCCGUAACGGUGGCGGUAGCACGGUUGCGGGGUGUAAAGGCCGUAGCAUAA